UUCAGAUCAUCAACAUACAACCAAACCAAUUCGACUCCACUUACAACAACAACAAUCAUCACAAGUAGCCAGCACCAUAUCUAGUGCUUGCCUACUUAACUCAUAUCCAUUGACUUUUCAAUCCGUCACAAUUCUUCUUCAAAUCAAACCCUCUUCCAAACCCCCAACAAUACCGCCAAGAUGAGUGCACAGAAGACCUCGGCCAUCGCUGACCAGGAGCCCGUUGACGUUCUCUUCGCUAUUCACGAAAAGUUCGAUCUUCUGGACUUUGCCGGCGCGCUCGAGGUCUUUACUUCUGCAUGUCACAACUUCCAGGAUCCUGAGAACAGCAAGGCCUUUGAGGUCACCAUCGUCGGUCCCGAAGCCAAGGUCAUCUCGGACCAGGGUGUCGUCGUUGGCGCCCAGAUCACCUACAAGGAGGCACACGACCGUCUUGAGGACUUUGAUAUCCUCGUCGUCGUCGGUGGUAACUCCAAGGAGGUUGUCGCCAAAGAGCUUCAACCCCUCUCCCUGAUCACCGACUUCUCAGAGCUUCAGAAGCGUGAUCCCGCUCGCGAGCGCACGAUCCUCUCUAUCUGCACCGGUGCCCUCUUCCUUGGCAAGCAGGGCAUCCUCUCUGGCUUGUCUGCCACCACCCACCCCGAUUACCUUACUUCAUUUGAGAAUAUUUGCAGCGAUGCUGCUACCGUAAACCUCCAGGAGCGUACCGAUGUGGUAGAGGACGCUCGUUAUGUUGUCAACAACCUGCGAUUCGAUCUCGGGGAGGACGAGAGCCCAUACAUCCGCCGCAAGUCCGAUGCUGGUCAGGGACGUCGCCCUUCGGCAGCCCGAAAGGGAAGCAUGUCGUUCAAGGACUCCAACACACGCCGUGAGUCAAUUGUUCGUCGUGCCGCCAUGCGACUUGGUGGUCUCCGUGUGGUGACAUCCGGAGGUGUCAGCUCUGGCAUUGAUGCUGCUCUGUAUCUUGUCAGCGCUCUGAUUGAUGAUGCUACUUCGUUGGAAGUGGCCAGGCGCCUUCAGUGGACCUGGAACAAGGGCGUUGUCGUCGAUGGUCUCGACGUCUAAGAUCCCUGGCAGUGAGUGCCGUGUACGAAUUAAGAGUUUAUGAUGGGCUCAGGCAUAGCCCCGAUUGAGACCAAUUUCCAUAUAUUUGUGUAUUUGACAGCUGAGCGUGAGGAACCCUAAGAAAAUACCAAAAAGACUAGGAGCUCUCUAUUUAAUUCAAUUGUUUGGUCGACUUUCAAAA